GAUAAAGUGCGAGGAAGAGAUGGGCGUGACAUCGGGAUGUCUGGACCGCGAUCCGACUCCUGAAGGGGUAACAUCCGCGCUGUCUAUCUUGUCCCCGAUGACAACGGGAAGGAAAUGCUAAGUGUUCGGUGUAAUGGCUGUCCCAUCGUGUUUACCGUACCAGGUGAUGUUUUAACAGCACUACGCCCUAUUUCGUGGCCACACGGGGAUUGACAAGCCAAGAGAAUUCAAAGCAGAGGGACCUCCAUCUCAAGCAACAGCGGCUGUGAUCCUUUACUGUGGCCUGCUGUCAUGGUUUUGGAAGGGAGCUCCGAGGCUCUGUGCCCCCCGCCCUCCCUGGAGCUGCGUCCGUCGUGCAACAAGAGCCAGCCUUCACCCCCCCUGGGCUCUGGCUCCCAGCCCAAUGAAAGUCUCUUCCCCGGAGACAAGGAACCCGUGAAGUACGGAGAGCUAAUCGUGUUAGGGCACAACGGAUCGCUGGCCAGUGGGGAUAAGGGACGCAGGAGAAGUCGGCUGGCCCUUUACAAGAGGCCUAAGGCCAAUGGGGUCAAACCUGAUGUCAUUCAUAAUGUUUCCACUCCCUUAGUGUCAAAGGCCCUAAGCAACAAAAGCCAGCACAGUAUCUCCUACACCCUGUCCAGGAGUCACUCUGUUAUUGUGGAGUACACACAUGACACCAACACAGAUAUGUUUCAGAUCGGCAGAUCCACAGAGAGCAUGAUAGACUUUGUGGUGACGGACACAGUGGGUGGCGGUCAGGCGCAGGGCGGGGCCGGAGAGGGCGGGGGGCAGUCUGCUCAGAGCACGAUCUCCCGUUACGCCUGUCGCAUCAUGUGCGAGCGCAGCGCCCCUUACACGGCACGCAUUUACGCUGCGGGCUUUGACUCCUCCAAGAACAUCUUCCUCGGGGAGCGGGCAGCCAAAUGGCGGACCUCAGAUGGUUUGAUGGAUGGCCUGACGACCAAUGGGGUGCUGGUGAUGCACCCUGCGGGGGAUUUUGUGUCUGAGCCAGCCCCGGGAGUGUGGAGGGAGAUUUCAGUGUGCGGGAAUGUCUUCGCCCUCCGAGAGACGCGUUCUGCCCAGCAGAGAGGAAAACUGGUGGAGAACGAAUCCAACACCCUGCAGGAUGGUUCCCUGAUCGACCUCUGUGGAGCCACGCUUCUGUGGCGGACACCAGCCGGCCUGCGUCACACGCCCACCCUCAAGCAGCUGGAGUCCCUCCGUCAGGAGCUGAACGCCGCCCGUCCCCAGUGCCCGGUGGGUUUCAACACCCUGGCCUUCCCCAGCCUCGCCCAACGAGCCACCAUCGACAAGAAACAGCCCUGGGUCUACAUGCACUGCGGCCACGUGCACGGCUACCACAACUGGGGAUACAGGAAGGAGAAAACGGCAGCUGGUUCGGGCGGCACUGCCCCGGCGAGCAUGAGUGAGCGAGAGUGUCCCAUGUGCCGUCGCGUGGGGCCUUACGUUCCGUUGUGGCUUGGCUGCGAGGGGGGGCUGUACCUGGACGCGGGCCCCCCCACCCACGCCUUCUGUCCCUGCGGCCACGUGUGCUCCGAAAAGACAGUGCAGGGGUGGAGCCAGAUCCCCCUGCCCCAUGGCACGCACGCCUUCCACGCCGCAUGUCCGUUCUGUGGCACCUGGCUGACCGGAGAGCAAGGCUACGUCAAACUCAUCUUUCAGGGCCCCGUCGACUGAACUCGCCGCAAAGGGGCAGACGACUAGACUGUUACAGAGACACAAAAACGAGGAACGAGAGAUGGGAGCAAGAGGUGGAGCGUGAGUGGAACGUGUAUGACGGAUAAAAUGUAAGAUGAAGUUAUGCAGAGAGAGGGAAUGUGGUCUGGAUUGGAUAGAUGAAGGUGUA